UAUUUCUCUUGUCUGCCUCUCCCAUUUUUUUCUUUUUCCUUCUCAGAGAAAAUCCAAGAUCACUGCUUCCCGCAAACUCAUGCUAAAGAGCUUGAUGCUGGCCAAAGCCAAGGAAUGCUGGGAGCAAGAGCACGAGGAGAAGGAAGCGGAGAAGGCCAGAUACCUGGCUGAAAGGAUUCCUACGCUCCAGACCCGAGGCCUGUCACUCAGCGCCCUGCAGGACCUGUGCAGGGAGCUGCAUGCUAAGGUGGAGGUUGUGGAUGAAGAGAGGUACGACAUUGAAGCCAAGUGCAAUCAUAACACUCGGGAGAUCAAGGACUUGAAGCUGAAAGUGCUUGAUCUUCGAGGAAAGUUCAAACGCCCACCCCUGCGAAGGGUCCGUGUCUCUGCAGAUGCCAUGCUCCGGGCCCUGCUGGGCUCAAAGCACAAGGUGUCCAUGGAUCUGCGGGCCAACCUCAAGUCUGUGAAGAAGGAGGACACAGAGAAGGAGCGGCCUGUGGAGGUGGGUGACUGGCGUAAGAACGUGGAGGCCAUGUCUGGCAUGGAGGGACGGAAGAAGAUGUUUGAUGCAGCCAAGUCUCCGACCACCCAGUGAAAGGUUACUUUCCCAAGCUUUGCAGGAUCUCCUUGUCACCUGUUAACUUUCCAUCUCACCCUCUGCUCUUUCUACCUUCCACAUCCCCUUCCAACCCUGUCCAGGUCCCCACAGCCUGUCCUCAGAGCUGUCACCUGAGUUUGGGACAGGGGACCUCCACAGCCUUAUCAUAGCCCAAUCACUCCCAACUCCCAACUCCUAACACAGCCUGGUCUGUCCUCAACCCAACUCCCGAACUGGGAACUGAAUAAACACCAGAGGGUGGAGAAAAAUGGAAACAUCCCAGAAGCAAGGAAGUAAAAACCUUUGGUCCAGACCACACCCACCUAAGUGGAUCUCCUUAGCUCAUUUUUAGGCACUGAGGCAUCCUGAGUCAUUUGUCCCUCACUCUUACUGCCCUUGGGCCCCAGAGCACUCAUCUUGCCACUGAAGGGCUGAUGUGGAUCCUGGAACCCUCCCCACUGGCUUCGCUUUUCCCUUCUUUUAUGACGCAUGGACUCAGUGAGUUGUGUGCUAUCCAUUAAAUGUUGCAGUUU